AUGAUCAAGGCAACAGUGACGGAAACUGGGAAAGUACAGGUGAUUGCGGGGUUUCAGACGGCCACCGGGCUUCAGACAGGGUCUCAGGUGAGCACAGGGUCUCAGGAGAACACGGGGUCUCAGGUGAACACAGGGUCUCAGGUGAACACAGGGUCUCAGGUGAACACAGGGUCUCCGGAGAACACAGGGUCUCAGGAGAACACAGGGUCUCAGGGGAGCACAGGGUCUCAGGUGAACACAGGGUCUCAGGGGAGCACAGGGUCUCAGGAGAACACAGGGUCUCAGGGGAGCACAGGGUCUCAGGAGAACACAGGACUACAUUAUGGGCAGUCCAGGGUCUUGACACCACCGAGGUCUGAUGUGUUGACUGUCUCUCCGUGGUUGGCUCCCAUUGUCUGGGAAGGAACGUUUGACCCUGUAGUCAUUGACAGCAUGUACAAGCCCCUGAACCUUACCAUUGCAACCACUGUAUUUGCUGUUGGAAAAUACACCCGCUUUUUGGGCAACUUCCUGGAGACAGCAGAGCAGCACUACAUGGUGGGGUUUAAAGUGCACUACUACAUCUUCACUGACCAGCCCGAGCAGGUGCCUGCAGUCACUCUGGCCCCUGGGAGGAUGCUCAACAUCACCAAGGUCCCCAAAUUUAGCCGGUGGCAGGAGAUCUCCUUACGGAGGAUGGAGAUAAUUCAGACGGCCAUCGAGGAGCACAUCCAUAAAGAGGCCGACUACAUCUAUUGUCUGGAUGUGGACAUGAAGUUCCACAACCGCUGGGGGCCCGAGGUGCUGGACACCCUGGUUGCAGCAAUUCACCCAUGGUUUUACACCAUGGACCGUGAACGGUUCACUUACGAGCGGCGCUCUGCCUCCAAGGCCUAUGUCCCAAUGGACCAGGGGGAUUUUUACUACGCGGGGGCUGUGUAUGGGGGUCGUGUUGAGGAUGUAUACAAACUGACAAAAACUUGCCGCGAAAAUCUAGAGGAGGAUAAAAAGAAUAACCUGGAGGCUAUCUGGCAGGAAGAAAGCCACCUCAAUAGGUACUUUGUGUACAAGAAGCCCACCAAACUGCUGUCCCCAGAGUACAAUUGGGAUGAUGCUAAGAACACUAAGAAAAACCCUGUGAUGAGGUUGAUUCGUUUGUCAUCUGUUAUCAAGAGCAUGGCUGAAGUCAGAGAAAAUGAAUAG